AAGAUAUACACGACGGUCAUGGGCAACUAUUGCGGCGGGCUCUGGUGCGGCGGCAGCGACGACGACGAGAAUGCCUCGAACGAAGACCUAAUGCGCCAGUACAAAGGACCAUCCAGUGAUAGUCUCCUGCGUACUGUGAAGAACCCCGACGUGGGGUCGCUCAUCGAGAUCGAGCACGAGGCAAAGCAAAACUUCCACGACAAGUUCAUAUUGGGACGAAAGUUGGGGUCGGGGUCGUUUGCGACGGUGUACGAGUGCGGAGAAAUCGCCACCCAAAAAACGUACGCGUGCAAGGUGUACGAUCGGCAUCAGCUAGACGCCGGGGCACUCGAGUGUGCAUUGACCGAACCGUUCUUGCUUCGUCGAAUGUAUCAUCCAGGCAUCGUUCGGUGCCAGGGGUUUUACAAAGAAGACAAUAUGUACAUCUUGGUCAUGGAGGAGCUUCGCGGCGGUGACGUGUUUGACAAGUUGCGCGAGAUGAAAGACGACAUUCACGAGCGCGACGUGUGCCGCCUUGUCAAGAUGUUUCUUGAAGCUCUCACGUACAUCCAUGCGCGGAAUAUUGUCCAUCGCGAUUUGAAAUUGGAGAACCUCAUGCUCGACUCGCCGAGCCCGACGUCGUCGACGCUGAAGAUUGUCGAUUUCGGAUUUGCCAUCCAACUGCCGCAUAAAGAGGCAACGCUGACAGAAGUCCUGGGCACGCCCGGGUACAUGGCGCCAGAGGUGAUUCAAGGCGGGCCGUACGGCAAGCCUGCCGACGUGUGGAGCGCAGGAGUGAUUGUGUACACGCUGUUAUGUGGGUACCCUCCAUUCCACCACGACCGCAUCAAGAACAUUCAAACGCUGUUUCGAUCGAUCUGCUGCGGGUUUUACUUUUUCGAUUCGGUGUACUGGAGCGACAUUAGCUUGGAAGCCAAGGACCUCGUUUCCAAGAUGUUGCGGGUGAAUCCUGCUGAACGGGCGACGGCGGCCGAGUUGUUGCAACAUGAGUGGUUUGCCCGCCAGCAACCGCCGCUCCCAGUGUCCCCACGCGGCGCCACAGCAAACACCCUCAAGGCGAUCGGCCCCCUCCGAUCGUUCAACCGCAUUCUCAAAGCCAGAGUGGCCGACCAGCACCGCCAUGAUUCGGCCCACGACGACACCCAACUCCGUCAGCUCGCCGAGGACAAGAUUCAAGCGCUGGAGAAACGUCCAGAAUUCCCACCGCCCGUCGACUUGUCCAAGUCGAAGCUGCUUCCUGCAACGCGGUAUAACGUGCAAUAGGUGAGGUGUGUUUUUCUCGAUGGCUCAUGUGCCGCCGCCGGUGGCUGCACAAUCCGCAGCAUGUGGACGUGCGCUAGUGUGAGGUUGAAUCAAAACCUGUCGCGGCUGUGUACACACGGGCCACCGCAUCUCGUGCAUCGACUGGAAGCACCUUGAAAUCGUCCACGGACUCCUUCCAGUGCAAUGUUGCCAUCAUCAUGCAUGGAGAACCCUUUCGAUCAUGAGAGUUGUUUCACUGAGGAAACGAAUUGUGGCUCCGUCCCGGGCGCGCACGUCAGCACACUCUUGGCAAUUGUCAUGCCAUGCGUGUAUGUCGACGCCACGCACGACAUUGCAUGGCUCCGUACAAGAGGACAGCGAAGCCAGUACACACGUUGCCAAGCUCAGCCACAAGUCCAAAUCCACAGCCUUUUCAACCACAUUGCGUUCUUGACACGCCUUGAGGCCGACGUCAUGGUCUCAGUCGUGAGAGGAAAUUUGUGCAAUAUCGUGCUCGUCCGAGUUUGCCAAAGGAAAUGAUUGCGUGCCAUCGACCGUGCUCGAGUAGAGCCCGGUCGACCCCCGACAACUCUUGCUCGAGGCAACAACGACGUGGAAGGAGGCAUUUGGGCCACGAGUUUAACAUGCGCACGUUGGCCCAGCACGGACGGGUGGGAAACGGUACGACAUGGCCCACAAUUUCACCCCCUGAUGCUUGGUCUCCAAUGCGGACAAAGCGGCAGAGCAUUUCA